CCAUGACAUCAUGACCUGAGCCAAAAUCAAAAGUCGGACGCUUAACUGACUGAGCCACCCAGGUGCUCCAGAAGGGUGGAUUUUUAUAUCUGAUUGUCAAUUCACUGCUUCUUACAUCAAGCCUCUGUUCCACUGAGUGGUCCCCCCAGCCCCAACCUCACACCCAAGGAGCGCAAGAUGCUCUCGGGGGUAAUAUGUCAAGGCACCAUACUGGGUUGUGUCCCACCCAGGCUUCCCCACAAGGUGCCCACUGGCUGCAGUCUUUGGAGCUCAGGCUGUGAAGGUCAUACUGAAUCUCCCCGGCCCCUCCUGCUCAGAAACAGGUCCUCCCUGGCCCGGCCAGACAUGAGGGCCCCCCACCCAUACAACUGUGGUGUUGAGGCUCCUGGUCUGUGCCAGGCAAGGACAGCUGCAAGGUGUGCUGGCUUCUCGGCUCCACCAGGAGGGGGAGUACAGGUCCAUGCACGUCUCAGCUCCCCAGGUCUUCUGACUCCAGGAUCUAGGAUCCAGGAUUCAGGAUCUGACCCUUCCUAAAAGCACUCCCAUCUUUUCUAAGUGAACCCAGCCUCUUCUUCUAGUACUUCCUUAGCAGAGCAAAGACCAGACUACGGACUGGGCACUCCCUCCCAGGGGAGGCUGGAGGGGGGGUGGUUGUACACAGAAAAACUGUCCUUGAAAUCACUACCUUGGUCACAAAUGCUGUGCCCCACACUCUCCUUGUCUACCUGGACAUGAUCCACAGGAAAUCAACGAGGGGACAACUGACGUGGGAUGGCAUUCAAGCCUGCCAACAGCAGCCUCACUGAUAUAGAGUUAGUCUUCAAACAAACAACAUGAAACCUAAAGGGAUGUUGCUUCCACUUGUUCCUGUACCUAAGUCACCUAAGGGUGAUUUACCACUCCAAAUGGCACUUCGCUUUAGAAGAGAUUGCCUCUCUCCCCAAGGGAUGAAUCGUGCCCAGAUGAGAGCACUUGGCUUAGGAGGACAGCUCCUGAGGGCCAACCAGUGGCCUCAACAUGAGUCACAGAUGACACGAUGUCAUGCGUGUGUGCAGAGACCCUCCCACCGCACCCAGGAUGCUCGUGCUCUGUCCUCACCCUUGGCGGUGUCUUUAAUCUCCGUGGACCCAGCCUGCACCCGCGUCCUGGGCCGGCUCUCCGGCCCCCCAGCACGGACCCCCCAGCCAGAAGGGAGCGCUCCUGGUGGCCCAGCCUCCUUCCAUCAACUCAGACUUCUCUGCCAGGGUGGCUGGGGGCAGCUGGUAACAGUACAAGCUUUUGAAAGGCACAGGACGAAGGCAGAUGGGGUUGGUGACUUGGGGGUCCCGGCUCAGAGUGCACUGCUCCAGAGGGGUCUGGGGCAAGUGCCAGAGCAGAGCAGCGAGGGUGAGGAGAGGGCAUGCAGGGGAGAGGGCGUCUGCCAGCAGCCGGAGGAGCUUCUAGGGGCGGAGGGGGGAGGGGGAGGUGUCUCAGCCGCCAGUGCAGGAAGGACCUCUCUGGAAUCCCUCCCCGGGCGACUUCUAAACCUCUGGGACAGCGAGAAGAUCCCCUGCCAGGCUCCCCCCCCCCCCCCCCCCCCGCCGGUCCUGGGACCCUGGAAACCUCAGCGCGGUCUUUGGAGUGUGUGUGCUUAUGCAGGUGUGAAUGCAUGCUGUGUGCAUGUUUGCGCGUGUGUGUGCUCACGAGUGCUGUGUGGGCAUGUGCAUACUGUGUACAUGAGCGCAUGCUGUUAACACGUAUGUGUGUGCCUGCCGUGUGUGUCUGUGCCCCUGUGUUGUUAGUGGAGAGACUUGAAACUGCUGAAGAGUUCAUGUGGGAGGUAGGAGGGGAGGGAAAGCCCAAAGGUCUAUUCUUUCCGUUAUAACCUUAUUUAAAUAUGAACAAACACAAAAUCAGAUAGGAACCCUCUAUUCUGACUGCUUCUGUACAAAUAUUUUUUUCAAACUUACAUAACAAACAUAAACAAAACGGGGAAAACACUAAAUUCAACUCAACAGCAUUAAUUUAAUGUAGAUGAAGUUAAACUGCAUCUUGGAAUGGACCUCUGACUUGCUGUAUGAGGACUUUGUGUUGCUCAGAUCACUGCAAAGCUUGCCUUCCUACAAUACUGUCCCACCGUCUACCAGCACCUAAAACAGCAUCUUCACAUAGAAAGUGCCCAAGGGGCGCCUGGUGGCUCAGCUGGUUGAGCACUGGACUCUUGAUUUUGGCUCAGAUCAUGAUCUCAGCCCCC